AUGAACACGGUGAAAAAACGGUUCACUUCAGGAUCUUCAAAUAUUGGAUCACCUACUAAAGAAGAUUUAAGAUCAGUGUCUGCUGGUUCCCUUUCAGAUUUAUCUCCUGAAUUAGUACCGAUUGUAACAUUAUUAUCAUCCCAAAGUCAUAGAAGAUAUCAUGAAGGUAUAUUUAUGUUAUAUUAUGAUUUAAAUGGUGAUGGGAAACCUGCUGAUAGAGAGUGGAGAGAAGUUUAUGGGAUUUUAACUGGAAAUCAAUUAGCUUAUUGGGAUGCUGCAAACUUGGCCAAUUUUAAGAAUAACAUGAAUCCUGCAACUUUAUUAGAAAGUACUUCUAAACCAAAUUAUAUCAACUUUAGUGAUUCUGUUUAUAAUGCUAUGAAGGUGUUACCUGCGGCCAAACAGAAUUUAGAUAAUGUUAUUAUUGUAUCAACAACCUUGAAGAAUAGAUAUAUCAUUCAAUUCAAAUCGUUGAAUGAUUUGAAUAAUUGGUACAGUGCUUUAAGAUUAUCAAGUUUUGAAUACCAAUCUUUACAACAUGCUUAUACUGGAGCCUUAUUGAGUGCAAGAGGUUCUAGAUUAAGUGAUAUUAAGACUAUCUUAGCAGAAAAGAGAUUUGAUCAUGAAGAUUGGGUUAGUAUUAGAUAUGGUAGUGGUAUGGCAUGGAAAAGAUGUUAUGCUGUUAUUGAACCUUCAGUCACCAAAAGAAAAACCUUCACUCCAGGUAGAAUCUUAUUCUAUGAAAACGAUCAAAAGAAGAAGAAGACUUUAACUGCUGUAGUUUCAAACUGUUCAUCAGUUUCAGCUGUUUAUCCCCAAAGUCAUUUAUUGAUUGAUCAAAGUACAAUGUUGAAAUUGGAAGGUUAUAUAAAUUUCAAAUCUCCUUCGUUAUCAACUAAAGUUAGUAAGAAAUCUAUUGAUGAUUUCAAAAACACUUCAAUCUUCUUGAUGCCUGAAGCUCAUAGUUCAGUUCCAGGUUUCGAUACUUUGAUUAGAUUCAUGAUCCCAUUAUUGGAUUCUUUUGGUUUAUAUGGUAGACCUAAGAGAUUAAAAGCUGAAAGAAAUGAUGUAGAUUCCUUAUUAUUUGGUUUACCUACUUUACCUCAUGUUCAUUAUCUUGAACUUGAUGAUAUCAAAUCUUUCGCAGCCAAAUCAGAUUUCUUAUCAUGGGAUGUGAAUACUUGGAAUUCCAACUUCAAGAAUUUAUUAAAAUCAAAGAUUGACAGAGGUUAUGAAGGUUGUGGAUCAUCAAGAGGUUUUGCUGGGGCUUUAAAUACUUUGAACUCUCCUCAAACCCCAAGUACCCCAGCUUUCAAUUCAUCUCCUCAGAAAUUCAAACCUCAACCUGCUGAACCUAAACUUAGUACUUUAAGUUCUUCAAACACUUCAUUACCUUAUCAACAACCAAUCAAAUCGGAAACUAUUUUACCUUAUCAAACAGGUGAAAGAAAUUUCUCAAACGGAUCAGUUGUUCAUAAUCCAAGUAAGAAUGUCAAUAACUUGAGUAUCAAUGCUAAGGAAACCAGUCCAGAUUAUUCUUCUCAUCAUAAAUCUAUCGAGUUGUCUGAUAUCUAUCAAAAAUAUCAAGAUAUCAAAUCACCUUCUGAUCAAUUUAAUGUUGAUAGAAACAAAUUGUUAAACGGAUCUUAUGAAGAUAUCGAUGAAGAUGAAUUACCUGAAAACAUAAGAAAAAUCAAUUUAAGUGAAAAUGUUUAUCCUACCAAUGAUAAUGACUUAUUCAGUGAUGAAGAUGAAGAAAGUUUAAGUAGUAGUGAUAAAUUCGAUUCCAGAAAUAUUGGUGCUAGUAAAGGUAAUUUAAUUGUUCCUCCUUACAACAAUAGAAAUUCUUCAUAUUCUUCAGUUCAAAGUCCAAUGACUCAAUAUAACGAAUUUAACGAAAAAUUCAGUGCUGCCAUUUCUCCUAGUGCUGAGAAGGUCAUUCAAUUACCAAAGGAAUCAAAUUUCCAAAACUUUUCCGAUAGUGAACCUGAAUCACCUCCUCCACCUCCUCCACAUUUGAAUUCUUCCCCUUAUAAGGCUUCAAGAAUUAAUAAACCCCAUUAUAUUAGUUCUCCAAACAGUUCUCAAAAUCAAUUACCAACUUUUAAGACUGAUGAAGUAUCUUAUAAUUCCAUUCCAAGUCAUUCUCAACCUCAACAACAACAACCUGUUCACCAACAACCUGUUCAAAAGCAACCACCUCCACAAUCUCAACAACCUCAACAAUAUCAACAAGCCCCAUCAAAACAGCCUCAUCCUUAUGGUGCCCCUACUCAAUAUCAAGGACAGAAUCAAUACCAAUCACGUCCUUCGAAUCCUCCUCAACAUCAACCUUUGAACAAACAAAGUUAUAACAAUCCAAAUACUUAUCAAAUGGGUGGUCAACCACCACAAGGUUCUAACCCUCCACCUCAAGGAAGAAUUCCUCCUGCUUCUCAACAAUUCCGUCCUAUGAAUAGUCCAAUGGCUCCAAUGCAACAACAAAUGCCUCAACUGCAAUCCAUGAGACCUAUGAAUCAACCUUCAGGUCAACCAAUGGGUCAACCAAUGCAUCAAGGUAUGAAUCAAAUGCCUUCUAUGCAUCAAGGUAUGAGUCAAAUGUCCUCAAUGCAAUCUGUUAACCAAUCUCAACCUCAUAGUGGUCCUCAUAGAAGACCUCCACAAAAUUAUGGGGUACCUCCUUCAACUUCUUCAUACAAGAAACAAGGACCAAUCGGUCAACAAAUGCCAGGUCAACAAAUGGGUCAACAAAUGGGCCAACCAAUGGGCCAACCAAAUCAACAAAACCAACAAAAUAUGAGAAACUAUAACAACUCACAAUACCAAUACCAAUAUUCAAAUCAACCACCUCAACCACCCCAAUCUCAAUCAGGACCAAAUCCUUAUACCAGGCAGUAUUAA